UGAAGGCCCUGGACGAGGCUCAAGGACUCUAGCAGCAGGACCAGGGUUUACGGAUGCCCCUCAGGCUUAAAGGGGCCACCCUUGGCAGAAUAGCUAGCCUCAUCUUUUGGGGGUCUUUGGUAAACAUAAAGCUCCUAUGAACUUCAAAUGAACUUGGGGUAGCAGGAAGCAGAGGGUGGCAGCCAGGCUCCUUGUCUGGAGAUUUGGGCUCAGAGCGACCUCUAAUCUGGGAUGCUGUUCAUUGGCAUUUUGGGGUAGGAGAAGACGUUUUUUCAAAUGUUAAUUCACACUGAAACCCAUUGAUCCCAGUGUAUGGAUCCAAUCCGAGUGACUGAACAGAUCCGAGGAUGAGAGGCUGAAGUCCGGAAGCUGCCGCAGCCUCCUGGAGGUUCCCGAGGUCUGGAUGAGAGCUCGGGACUGGGCCUUGGGUUAGGGCCAGAGUCCAGGGCGCCUGAACUUCCUCCCCUGCGUAACGGGCAAAAUCAGACAAAACACGGCGUUCUGUGACAACGCAAUCAGCGACUCAGCGCUGGCCCCUGUGUAGAUGAGAGCGCCUCGCUCGGCUUCCUCUGCAUCCAUGUCUGACAAACCCGAUAUGGCUGAGACCCAGAAAUUCGAUAAGUUGAAACUGAAGAAGACAGAAACGCAAGAGAAAACUCCACGGCCUUCCAAAGAAACGAUCGAGCAGGAGAAGCGAGCAGACGCGUCCUAAUGAGGCGAGCUUCGCCAAUAUGCACCGUUCGUUCCGCAAGCAGCACCUUCUGAUUUGACUUCCUUUAGCUGCUUAACUCUGUAAGAUGCAAAGAGGUUGGAUCCCGUUUAAAUGACUGUGGGCCCCCUUUCACAUAGAAGAAUCCAGAACUACUGACAACAAGGCUGCGCCUGCCUCUCCCCUCUGCCUGUCUGGCUGGCAGGGAGGGAGAACUUGCACGUAGGAUGACAGUGAAAUCUAGAGUAAAACCAAGCUGGCCCACAGUUGCCUGCAGGCUGUAAAAUGCAGUUUAAUCAGAGUGCCAUUUUGUUUUUGUUCAAAUGAUUUUAAUUAUUAGAAUGCACAAUGUUUUAAAUAUGCAAAUAAAAAGUCU